AUCCAGCCAUUGUCAAUAAAAAAACACAUAAAAAAGCCUAGAUUACAUUACGGCAUCGCCGACGGAGCUGGUGUGUCAAGCCCGAUUUGACAACCAUUAACGCACGGUCGAAAAAGUAUGAACUCGGGGCAGAUUUGCCAGUGUUUUUGUGGAAAGUGCAGAAGCUAAUCAAUCUCUCUGUGAAUUCGUCCCGAGGUGUGAUGUGUGUUGGAGGGUGAACGAAGUGAAGAUAAGGCAAGGGCAAGCACAGAAUGUGCUGCUGCUGGUGCUGCUGUGUGUGAGCGUACAGAAGUGUGUAGAGUGAAGAAAGUGAUAAGAAAUCUGCGCCCCGUGACGGGAAGAUGUGAAUCACAAGUUAAUUGCGUGCUCUAGUGGUUCUUGCGGUUCAGCUAUAAAACACACGAGCCAACUGAAACCAACCGGCUUCGGUACCCUCUGGCAAUCCGUGCUCUGCCGGCAUCCUUUCGCUAUCUCAGUUAUUGUAUCAGCACAACGAGCUGUACGUCGUUACCCAUCCGUCGACAACAUAGGCCACAUAAAGCGUGUGUGCGGGCUGAAGGUUGCCUCAAGAGUGUUCCGCGUGUGUGUGUGCGUGCGUGCGUGCGUUUGUGAUUGUUAAAUACUAGUGUGUGUAUGUGUGUAUUAUAGGUUGUCGGUAGUUGCCAUUUCCUGCCUCAAAACGGAUCAUCCUCGCAAACGGGGCAGCCCUCCUUCGUCGGUCACCGACGAGUCCUCGUCCUCGUUACUUUUGUCAGCGUCUGCCGGGGGCCGUGGGGGAGGAGGAGCUGGUGGAGGAGGUGGCGGAAGUGGUGUUGGUGGUGCUGGUAGAGCAAGUGGCAGUGCUGCCGGUGCAUCUGGCGGUGGAGCAGCAGCAGGAGGAGCAGCAGCAGCAGUUACAGAGGGUGGUGGUGGCAGAGGCAAGAGCAGAAAAGGAAGUGUAGCCGGUGGAGGAGGAGGAGCUGGUGGUGGUGGUGGUGGUGGUGGUGGUGCUGGCAGUGUUGGCGGAGGUGGUGACGCAGAUCGGAGCAGUGGUGGCGGUAGUUCGGCGGCCAGCCAUCGGCAUCAAUCCGGAUACCCUCGUCAUCUGCAGCAAACGUCAUCGGCGGGCAUAAACCCGGCAACGGCGACGACCACGACUACGACGGGCUCAUCAUAUGAGAAGACCAAUAACAUGGCUUCAUCAAAUCACCGCGGUAUACAGAUUGGUUCCGCCUGGUUUCAACGCAAGAUCAACCUACGGCCACAGCACCGCGGUAUUCACCUGGUGACGGAGGAGAUCCUACGGCAGAUGCCAGAGCUGGGUCAAUUUUCCGUCGGAUUAUGUCACGUUCAAAUCCUGCACACAUCCGCCAGUUUAGCAUUAAAUGAAAGCUGGGAUCCAGAUGUACGGGAUGAUAUGGAAAUGAUGUUGAAUAAAAUAGUGCCCGAAGGCCUACAGUACAGGCAUUCAUGCGAAGGUCCAGAUGAUAUGCCUGCUCACGUAAAAGCCUGCUUCCUUGGAAGUUCACUGACAAUCCCAAUCACCGACGGCAAACUGUCACUCGGUACGUGGCAGGGUGUUUGGCUGUGCGAGCAUCGGGACCACGCAGGCUCCCGGAAGCUGGUGAUAACGCUCUCCGGUUGCCCGCGGGACUCGGCCCGAAGUCCCCUUUCGCCCGUGUCACCAAUUGCCUCCACUUCCAGUUAGGGACGGCCGCGCUCUGCUCGCGAUAGUCGGUAAUCGUGGGUUAGAGCGGCUUUCUGCUGUAAGGUCAACAAUUGUUCAACUACAACAACAACAACAAAAGCAACAGCAACAGCAACAUCAACAGCAAUUUUAACCAAAACAACAACAGCAACAACAACAACAGCAACCACAAGAAAUACUACUAAUGCUACCAAUAAUGCUACUACUACUACUACUACCAUUAUUAAAUUAAAUAAUAAUGCUACUUACGACACUACUUUUACUACUACCACUACUACUACUAUCACUACUUCUAAAGCUAUAACGGUAUCAAAUUGUAACGAUUGCGAAUCUGUUUGAAAAGUGUUGUAAGGACGACGAACAAGCAAUCCCCCCCACGAGGGGGAUGAUGCAUAUGAAUGCGAAUGGUGUGUCGCAAAAGAAGGAAACACUUGACAGCUAGCAAAAUAUUUAACAAAACAAAAACAAAAACCCCUAUUCAGCACACACCGUCAAACAACAAUUUGCUAAUCGCUUUUCGUGGCAGAUCAGCAUAAAUAAGGGAAAGAAACUGCAACAUAACACACAUAUGUUCAGACAAAAGCCGAUCAACCAAGGUUGAAGAUGUUGGCAAGGCCGAGUGCAGAUGGAAGUAGUGCGAUGGCCAGCAAGGCAAAUAAAUAAUAACUAGCAAACGAACUAAUUACAACCGAUUGUGUGUUGUGCGGAGUGCGUAGAGCGGCGCAAAAUGCAAACGGCGAAAAAUUCAAUUGUUAAAGCAGUUUUAGAAGCGUUACAAAUGAACAAAGCAAAAAUGAAACCUCCCGAUGCCGUCACUUUGAGAACGUUGCAACCAAUAACAAUAGGACGAUUUAAAAAAAAAACAAAACAAAACAACAACCAACAAGCUCUGAUACAAACUUAUCCUUCCAAUGGGGGCAUUGUGGAGUAGUAGAGGCUCUUGUGCGUAAAUUCUAGCGGAAUGCAAUUGUUACACAAACAAACUUCAAUCCAGUGAAUGUAGCGAUGCGGUUGAAAAAAAAAUUAGUAUAGUAGAUGCGCUGCGUAUCGCAAGGAUAACGCAGGCGAACCGAGCGGAACAAUAGGUGUGCGGGGGCAGGGAAGCAUGGUCAAAUUAAGAGCUGGGGAAGGUGUGUACUGUUGUAAGCUUAGGUGUGUUUUGUACUGGGAAACGAUGUGGAGGCCUUCUGUUCUGUUGUUUGAUGGAUGAUUGCUUUUUUCCACAGUUGUAAAUUUGCUACCACCACCGGGUAAGCGUACCACACAUGUGCCGAUUAGUUAAAGAAGCUGUAACAGAAUAUGGUCCUCAAUAUAUGUGUGCGUUCGUGUGAGAUUUGCUUUCGCUUUUGGCGCAACACAUCUAUAAUUCGGCGCAAUCGACACACAAUCGUGUUUUCGUUUUGAAUAAUUGCCUUUACACAACAGAGAGCGCCCCCGUUUGUGUUGUUUUUUUUUUUUGUUUUAGUUUGUAAAGCCAAAUCAACUUCAAACCUGUGUGCAAACCAAUUGCAGCGACACUCAUUCAAAAGCUGCCAUUCGAAACCUGUUAACUCGAAGAGUGCGUAAAUUGUAAAAAGGAGUAACAAUUGUGUAACAAUAAACAUCUUUUCGCGCAAUGUAUGCAGGACAAUAACUAACAACGUUUGUUUCGAACGCGGAUUCUAUUCGUUUGUUUGUUUGUUUUUUUUUGUUGUUGUAAAGAUGUAAAGUUUGCCGGAAAAACUUACUCUCCGCUUUUCGUUUCUCAACAGCAUAUACGUAUAUGUAUUUAUAUAUAUUGUUGCAUGGCAUUUCGUCGGUACGCUAAAAUUGUUAUCAUAUAAUCGAGGUAACUGUGGGCGAGCGCGCGCGCACUUGUGUGUGUGUGUGUGUAUGAAUGAGUGUACAGAUUUGGAGUUGAUGUUUAUUACACUUAAGUUACGUAUGACCAACACAGAUCCGUGCCAUGGAAAAGCAAGUGCAGGAUGGAUGUUUUUACUGUAAAAUGUUGCAAGCAGGAGCAGGACAUGUCAAUAGCAAAACACACGGCGGACAAUUGUGUACAUAAGCGCGCAUUUGCACAUUUUCUGUGAUUUGAAUACAAAUAAAAAUCUCUCGUACGAGCAACGUCUUGAUCAAGCCACAGUUAAAAUACCGUCGAUUAUUGCGUGCUCAUCAGCUGAUGAGCAGGGAAGGUUUGGGUCGCGGCUGUUAAUUUUUAAGCGAUUGUUACUUGCUUUAUCCUUACGAUUGUGCAUAGAGACGACAGAAACAUUUACGCAUAAGUUGCCCAAUUUGUUACAACGUAGUCAAUCUCGGUCAGUCAAACCCGGUAACCGUUAGAGGCAGCGUGUAUAGUAGUGUAGGGUUUUGUCGUUCGAUCAGGCACACGACGGCAUGACGAAAGAUGCUUCCAAGGAAUGAUCUCGUGCGACAGGCGCGAUGUGUACCUAGGCAAUAAGAAGCAGGAAGCCAACGGAGCGUGGAAAGCAUGUUGGUUUUUGUUUUCCUUUUUUUUUGCUCGAUUCGUUCCUUUUAAAUAGCAGGGUAUAUAAAUUUACACCACCUUUUUCAGUUGUGAAUGCGUUAAAGAUUUUGCAAGAGCCCUGUUAUUUAUGGGUACCCGUUACUGGACAGGGAUGUUUUAUUGUGCAAAUCAAUACGCAAGGAUGUAUUUUAAAUGUGCUCUUUUUGAAACAGAAAAAAAAACAAAUCCCCCUCUCGAGUACUACAACUCACUCAACGGUCUCAACUGUAUCUUCUGUUAUGAGUAAACUGUCCCGGUGGUGGUUCGUUCCCGGUCAACCAACCACACAAUACAUUCCGGUAUUACUAAAUAAGCAAUCAUGAUAUCCUGCAGAAACGUGUUUUACGUUUAAAUUGGAAUCAGCAGCAGCAGCAGCAGUAAACAUCCCAUCUUUGAUGAUGGUUUCACGUAUCACUAUUUUUACACACUCACACAAACACUCUUUUCCUCAUUGAACUAACUGCACUACAUAUAGUGGCGGGUAAGCCGAUGAAAGCAAAGAACGUGGGUGGGGCGGAAGAAUGUAAAAACAAAAAAACAAAACCAAAACAAAACAUGCAGCAAUAAACUUUAGACAAAUGAUAAAAAGAUUCUAGAUUCUACCGGUGGAGGAGAUAGACGGAUGAUCUGUCGAUCGUGCCCCGCGUGAUGUAUCCUACUAACCAAGUUCAAGUUGCUACGCGCAUUGCGCAUAUUUCCGCAUUAACUUCUCGUCGAGUGAUAAGCGGAUAUGGAAACGCAACGCACCCACACACUCACAUUUGCGCAGAGGGCAUGUUAUGACCCCCUGAGAGAGGAGGGUUAGUAAAUUGUUGUAAUGCCAACCGUCGUAACCUAAUUGAAAAUUGCAACAAAAAACAAAACGAAACACGGAAACCAAACAACACUAAUUGAAAUUUUCAUUCCAAUUCAUAACCGAUCAAAAUCUCCAUUUUGUCACGUGUAAAAAAACAAACAAACAAGAACAAGCAAAAUUGAACUUAAUAAAACAUCAACAUAAAGAGACGCAACAAAAAAAAACCGUAGGGAUAUGAAAAUGAAGUAAAACAAAAUAAAAAAUCUUGGUAUGAGCUUUAAACACGAAAUAAAUAUAAUAAAGUAAUAUAACUAACGUUAAACGAUUAGAUAAAAUGGGAGGAAGGCGUGCGUGUGCGCGUAUACAUUAACUAGCGAACAUUACAAUUGAUUUGGAGCACACCGAGCACAUCCGAGGAGACGACGGACGGGAUGGCUGUACAAAGGGCAGGUUCGAAAACAUCCGUUGGUGUGCACAUUUGUGUCCAGCUAUAUGAAUUUCACCGGGUAGAAAUUGUUGCCUAAUUCAAUUUUUACCAUCUUUGUUUGUUUAACACACUUAUUCAGGCGAGCAAUAUUCCGACAUUCGGUUCAUUGCUUUAACAGUUUUCUGUGUUCAUAGAAUUGUCUCAAAAUGUUCCACAAAUCAAUUAGCAAAUGUGCUUGCCAACGGAUAUUUAGGAUGUGUGCGGAGUACUGCGGAGAACCGUCGUGACGUGUUCGAAAUCCAUUUUUCAUGAGCUCGAAGUAAAAUAAAAAAAAAACCCUGUUGUUCCAUCCACUCAUAUGGAUGGUGGAUUGAGCGAUACAUUAAGGAGCGUAGUUAAGCAAAAAGGGUUAGACCGUAACGGAAUAAAAGCGCAGAGAAAGUAACAAUCUUUUUGCAAGGCAAUUUAGUUGAAUUUUCUAGAACAGAGCAAUUAUUUAGCGUGUAAGUCCGCCGGCGGUGGUAUAACUUUGUAAAGUUAUAGUAAUAUUAUUAUAAUAAGGUUGCAAGCCGACCGACCGACCGACCGACCGCCCACUCUGCGCAACUACUGUGUGGCGCGGAUAGUGCGGAAGGAUUUCGAUUAUUGUAAAGAAAACAACAACAACAAAUUUUUGAGGCCUGAGUUUUGGCGUGUUAUGCGUUCGAAGGAAACCAAAGCUGGAACGUAGAGCGGUACACAGUAGGAUAGCCGGACCGAACGGAUGGAUUUAGUUCGGUGCAAUGUUGAAGGAAGGCCGGCAGGCAGGCAGGACUAAGCGAGAGUAUCUUCCCCCUCGUUCAGGUCGGUGGCUGCCAGUGUCCCGUGCCAUUGGCCAAGCCCGUUCUUUGCUCUGAUAGCAACAGGAAACGUUCAACAUUUCGCUGAACAUAAACCACGAGAAGCUGACAAGAAAAACGGGAUUCAUUUCGACCUAUUUUCUGUGUCCCCGGAACCAUGUCAUGUUGUGGUGGUUAUUCUAAUUCAUUAGGUUUACUUUUAUCAACACACACGCACACACACACACACUCACUCAACAAACAACACUCUGUGCAAUUUAAAUGGAGGCCAACCUGGAGGAAGCCUCCGAAAAGCCUAUUUUAUAAACUGAAUCGCCAUCGGGCAUCAUUAAUCAAAACCGCAAACUCGAUGUAGCCAACAGGACAUUGGUACUCUCCGUUUCGCGACAAUGUGGUGUAGCGCGCAGGCGAGUCAAACCAACCAAACGAAGACAAAACAUAACAAAAAAUACCAAAAGAAAUAAAUCCGUCAACAAAGCAACAAGCAGACGAUCGUCAGCUGGUGCGACUAAGAGAUGAAGAUAUUUUGUAGUGUUGCCCAUUUAAUAUAUGCCCUAUCUACUCCCCCAGUGCCAGGGAAACUUCUCCACUAGCCUAGACCGACAACACGCCCAACAACAACAAAAAAGUCCGAUGAGGAUUCUAGCGAGAGGAUAACCUAGCAGGAUAACAAAACAAAACAAAACAAGUUUUCGGCCAACAGUAGUAGUGUCUGCGCAUCGGUUCAGAGCCACCGUUCUACGAAACAAAUUCGAAAAUAUUUCUUCGAACAUUUUCAUGCUUUUGCGCUGUAAACCAUUGAUGCAGCAGCAGCUGGUACAGAGUUUGGACGUCAAUAUCAAAUAUGAAUACAGGAAUGCAGAAAAAGAGCGACAUUAUUUUGUAUACUACGCUGGUACACGCGUGCAAAAGCAAAUGCAAAAAAUUUCCGCCCUCUGUACUGAUUAAGCACACACGAUCACACACGAUCACACACGAUCAUACACGAUCUCACACGAUCACACACGAGCACCUAGCAGCUCUUGUAUUCACGACUGCUGUGUUGGCUAUGCAACGCUCAACACUGAACGGCAGCAGACCAAUGAACGAGAAAAGCUCCGGUAGGAUUUUGCUCCAGCAUAACGGAAGCGGAAGUGAGCUAUAGCUUCACCAUACACCAAAGCACACACGUACACGCAGCGCUCGUCGAGCCAAAGUGGAAAGCCAACACGUCCAAAGGUAGAACAAAAACGCGUGUUUUCUUCGCAAUACUUCGUGUUUUCUUUAUACGCAGUAAGCAGCGCAACCUAUUUUGCGAAGCGUUGAAGAGUGAUUAGAGCGGAAAAUUGGCGUAGAAAAUUAAAAAAUAAAAGCCUGGAUGGAUUUAGGACACGAAACAACGAGCUAAUCGAAUGGAAUAUUGAGUGGUAAAGCUGUAAAAGCCAGUAGAGAGCUGUCUGUUGUUGCCUUUCUGCUGUAGCUCGGAGCUCGGAAACCGCACAGAAAGAGGCACGCAUCCUUCGGUUCGUUCCGUUCCGUUGGUGAAUCGUGUAUGCAUCCUAAUUUUUCUUCACUUUUUUUGAGUAUCGCAUUGAGCAUGGUUUUAACGACUUUUAUAUGGUGAGGUGUAAUUUAACAUAUUAAUUUAAAUUUUGCAAUGCAAGCACUCGGAUUCACUGUUUGGUUCCUCUGCGUUCAUGCCAUUCCGAGGCAACAACAACAACGGUUGUUUCUUGUUUGAUUUGCCUUGACCCGUCUAAAACCAUGCUCACGAAAAGUGUGUGUGCCGCGCCAGGCCAGGCUAGCUAGACCUCGGCCGGACCGCAGCACAUUGCCACAUUCCCGUCCUGUUUCAUCAAGAACUUGAUUCGUAUAGAAACUGUCUAAAUCUUAUCGAGCUGAAAAACGAUGUUAGCCUUACAGCCUUUUUGAGAAGAGAACCGUCGCUCGGGAAAAUGCAAUUAGUAACACAAUUCCCCCUUGCGGAUCGCACACACCAAACGGAAACACACCUUUAUCGGCGCAAUUACUGCUGUGACAAGUGGUGUGUGAGUUGUGCUCGAUGGGGGAAAACUAGCAGCAAAACUAAUAGGCUAAAACGAAGCAAAACUAACAAACUUGUUGAAAACGAUGCUUGUGUGUAUUUUUGCGAGAGGUUAUAGUUCUAGCUUUUUUUACCUACAAUUAGUUGCCCAUAAUUCUGCAACCCCCCCUAAACUUCCUUCUCCUGUCCCCUAUAUAUUAUUGCCCUGAAGCGAAUAGGACACUAGUGAACAAAAAAUAAAUAAAACAAGCAGAAAUAUUACAACAAACAAAAAAAAAACUACACACAAAAGCGCACUGCCAAUUUGUAAAAUAAAACAGAGUAAAAAAAACAAACGAUGAUUAUUGCAACAUUAAGAGAAAGCGACCGCGCGGAGUAAAAGCUGUGCAAUCGCAAUAUAAGGGGAAAGUUAAUAAAGUAAUUGUAUUUUGCAAUACAUACGAUCGUAUUCCGCUUUCGAAUCGAAUCAAAUUGUGCAAGAGAAAGUGGAUGGAAGAAAAGGUUAAUAAAAUUUUCUCAAUUAGUUUCCUUCUGUUUGUACUGUAAAAUGAUAAAAACACUUCUCCCGAGUACUUUUUCCUUUGUUCUUAUGUUUGCUUUAGCAAAACGAUAUAGUACACUCGUUGUUCCAUAGAGCACACUGAAACCCCCGUUUAAGCCGUUCAACUGUGUGUGUGUGUGUGUGGGGAAUCUGCGCCGGAAACAUUGUUAAAAAAAAACGAAGGAAAAAUCAUUUCCAUCUCGCCCAGAGCCAAAACCAAUAAAUUCUGCAACUUAUCUGCAAUAGAAAAGCACACAUUCGCUGAACGAUGUGUGUUGGUUUGGUUCCCUAAUUUUUGGUUUCGGUCCAGUUUUUCGAGUACCUUUGGAGAAAAAGCAAGCAAAACUGCAAACCAAAACUUGCAGGAAAAAUUACAACAACCAAACCAAAAAAAGGAAACUAUUUCAGUAACGUAUGCUCUUUCCGUAUUCAUAGCACUGAAAAGCGCUCGCACAGUUAAUGGAAAACAAAUAUAAGAGAAAAAUAACACAACAACAAAACCAAAAAAAUGGAAAAAUCGGAAAAUUGGCAAACACACACACACGCACACAGAUUGAUCGUAUCGGUCCGACGCCAUCGGAUCGAACUGUGGGUAGUUAAAGAUGGGAAGCGGGCCAGCCAGUGGGGCGGCUAAAAUAAAAUAGAUACACUCAUGCACACAAAAUCGACAAUAUGUAAAUAGAUAAAUUGAAAGAGGAAGAAAAGAAAACUAUCUUAAACUAAUAACUAGCUAAACUAACUAGAAAAGAGGGAAAAGAAGGGAAGGAUUGAUUCCGAAGGAAAUAUAGAAAAAGCAAAAGUCAAAGAGCGAGUAGUACACACAAAACAAAACAAAAACACAAACACACUGAAUAAAUGGACUAGUUUAGAAUAUAAAUAUAUCGGCAAUAAAAACAAACAAAACACUGAACAAGAAAUAAAAAAUACAAAACAAAACAAACAA